UCGGGGGGUGUAUAAUUAACACUCGUUUUCUUCCUAUUUUUUACUGCCUUUUCUCAGUCUCCAUGUCGGGUAUUCAAGGCCAGAUUCUCGUAGUUACUGUUGUGGCGUGUAAAAAGUUGAAGGAUACUGAAUGGCUUUCGAGGCAAGAUCCCUACGUUUCCCUUGAAUACGGUAGCUCCAAGUACCGUACGCAAACCUGCACCGAUGGUGGGAAAAUGCCCAUAUUCCAAGAGAAGUUCACCUUCUCCCUAAUUGAGGGUAUUAAAGAGAUGCAUGCAGUGGUUUGGAACAGCAACACUCUACAUAUUGAUGACUUCAUUGGAUAUGUAAGAGUUCAAUUGCGCAAAGUUAUUUCUCAUGGUUUUGAUGAUAACUUUUGGCCCCUCCAAACUAAAACCGGCAGAUUUGCAGGAGAAGUACAUUUGAUAAUGCAUUAUCCGAAUGCUAGAAAGGCCUCAAGAUAUAAUCAACCGUCAGCACCACCAGCAUAUCCAGCAGCAGCAGCUCAACCCCCUGCAUACAAUAUACCACCACCAACCGCUGCAACUCCUUGUCCGGCGCUGCCGGCUGGUUAUCCCGCUCCAUCAUAUCCCGGCGCAUAUCCUCCACCCAUGUAUCAUCCUGCACCAGACCCAUACAGUGCAUAUCCUCCUCCACCGGGCCCAUAUCCACCGACGUCACACUAUUAUCCUGCUCCAGCUGGGUGGUAUCCGCCGCGACCUUACCCACCCUAUUAAAGAUCACAACGGCGUUCCAACGGUUGAAGACGAAUUGAUCGAAGAAACGGAUUGGAAGGUUCGGAAUCGAUUAUUUGGUGUUGCAAGGGACUAAAAUGAUAACUAAAUAGAAGAAAACGAGUGAAAUUAAGUAUUUUUUCCUUCCAAAUGUUCAUAUUUUUUAAACAGAAAGAUAUAUCCAGU